AUGGCUCCACGAGAGAACAUUGCCACUUCCUCCCACCGACGACGCCCGUCAGUCCCCUUCAAAUCCCGACCGAGGACCGCAACAGUAUCGGCCUUACCCACAACUCCAGUUUCCGGGCUAGAUCAUGAUGUCUGGAACGGUUUGCCCCUUGUGGAUUCGGGGGACGAUAUGGAAGGGCCUGUUCUGUAUGAUGUGAAGCCAUUUCCCGAACAGACUGGCAGACGUCGCAGCGCAAAGAGUUUCUCGGGUCUACGUCACUCAGUUGAUGGACUACGCGCGCUUGGUCGUCGCUUGUCAGUUACCCUUCGCAACAAAUCAUCCCGCACUCCCAACCCUCCUUCUCAGAAUGAGUCCGAGAUUGAGACUCUUAAACUUCGAAAUGGCCAGGAAUCUGGCUAUGAUCGCCCCAAGAGUGUUCCUGCUUUCCAGGGCUUCGCUAUCCCGCUACCGAUUCCUGGAAAUGGAUCGGAGCCUCCAAUUCUGCCAAACCACAUGUACUCUGGGGCCGCCGCCCGAGCAGCCGCAGCGGCCCAGAAUGAAAUGGCACGCAAGGUGGAGCAAAUGAAGCUUACUCAGGACUCGGAGAGUGGAAUUGGCAUCAUUCUCCAAGAUCGCUUUGACGACUCGGAUGCCGAAACUGAUUUCGUUCGCGUUGACCCUGCGGUCGCCUUCCCAACAGAGAUUAUGGCUAACGUUCUCUCGUUCCUCGACCCUGAGUCGUUGAUGAACAGUGGGUUGGUUUCACGCGCUUGGAGCGAGCAGGUCUCCUCUCAGCAUGUAUGGCGCGAUGUAUUCCGCUCUCACUAUGGCGGACGCGGGUACACAGGGACUGGUAAACAGCCUGCUGCUGGGCUGGGCAAGCAAUUUUUCCAACAGGAUUGGAAGCACCUUUAUAAAAUCCGCCGUGAAUUGGAGAACCGAUGGAAGGAGGGCAAAGCAGCAGCAGUCUACCUCCAGGGUCAUACAGACAGUGUCUACUGCGUUCAAUUUGAUGAGGAUAAGAUCAUUACUGGUUCGCGCGAUCGAACAAUCCGCGUUUGGGACGCUCACUAUCCCUGGGCCUGUCGCAAAAUCAUUGGGCCAGCGCCGGGAGAGAUUGUCAACCGCGGCCCGCUCUAUGACCCGGAGCAGCAGGCAUCGGGGAGUUCGCCGCUUCUUACCAUUCGCCCUCCCCCCGCGUGUGCUGCAGAAAUAGCGACUAUUCAUGAGAAACCGUCAGACUACCACGGCGCCUCCAUUCUGUGCCUUCAGUUUGACGACGAAAUCAUGGUUACCGGGUCUUCUGACCAUACUUGCAUAGUGUGGGAUAUCAAGAAUGACUAUAAACCCAUUCGUCGUCUAGAGGGUCACACAGCUGGAGUACUGGAUGUCUGCUUUGACCAUCGUUAUAUUGUGUCUUGCUCCAAGGACAACUCAAUUUGCGUCUGGGAUCGAUCCUCCGGGCUUUUGGCGAAGAAAUUGCUUGGCCAUAAGGGCCCGGUCAACGCCGUCCAACUACGUGGUGAUCUCAUCGUCUCUGCCAGCGGAGACGGCGUCGCAAAGUUGUGGAACGUUACCUCCGGUCUGUGUGUGAAAGAGUUCUCCAGCAAAGACAGAGGCCUUGCGUGUGUCGAAUUUAGCGAUGAUGCGCGGUCGGUUCUCACCGGCGGCAAUGACCGAGCGAUCUAUCAGUUUGACGCGAACACCGGUCAGCUUGUCAAAAAGAUCAAGGGACACUCUGGCUUGGUUCGGUCCUUGCAUCUCGACAACGUGAAUCGGCGGAUUGUCAGUGGGAGCUACGACAUGAGCGUUAAAAUUUUCGACGCCCAGGCCGGGGAGCUCUCUGUGAAUCUCCCCGGCUGGACUACCAGUUGGAUGUUGAGCGUGAAGUCGGACUAUAGACGCAUUGUUGCGACUAGUCAAGACUCACGCGCGGUUAUAAUGGACUUUGGAUAUGGAUUAGAUGGCGUUGAUUUACUGGAAAGCUAG